AUGAAGAUUACAGCAAUGAUUUUGUCUAUUUUCUGCGGCGUCCUGUUUCUCCUGGCCUUUCCUGUGUGUGCCGCCAGCCACCUGCCGACAGACCAGUAUGGACUGCACCUUCUGUCCCCCCAGGAGGCCGCGCUCUGCGGCUACACCGUCCUGAAAACGGAUGCUGGAGACCUGGUGUUCCGAGCCUCUUUCCUGGCCUGUCACGUGAACAGUCAGGUGGGCUCAGACUAUCAUCUGCUGGUGUGGCUGGUGCACGCCGGGGGGGGCAGGGAGGCGGCGGCCUACCGCUUCCAGCUCCGCUGCCCCCUGCCGGAGGCGUGGAGCGCCCGGGAGAUGGUCUGCGAGGAAAACUACAUGGAGGUGUCCGUUCAGCUUUCCGUCCAGCCCACGGCGCCCGGAAAUGAGAAGAAUGGCGCCGCUGAGGAGGAGGAGAUGGCCGUCCUGUUCCAUGGAGCCGGGCGGCCGGCGGGGGCGGCCGUCUUCCUGUCCCUGGGGGCCGCCGCCGCUCAGGGCUGCCGGGUGGCUCUGCUGGCGUCUCGCCUGGCGCUGCGCUGCCGCUACGCGUCCCCGCUGUCCACCACCGUCCAGGUGCCGCCACCCCCCAAUCCCCCCCUCGCCCCCGCCGCCCGGUUUAACCCGCUGUGUCUGCUGCAGGAGGACGGGGUGGACCUGGAGAGCGUGAGAGCUUCCAUCUUGUACAGACGGCGUGGAGCCCUGCUGUCCGUGGACGCCUCAGUGGCCUGCGUUCUCAACGAGGCCCUGGCCGAUGGCUCCGACCUGCUGUGGGCCGUUCCUCAGGUCCCGUCGGCGGUGGUGGAGGGCCAGGUCACAGACGGAGGCGUGAGGUUCGGGGUCAACGGCCAGGCUCUGAGCGAGUCCGACCUCAGAGAGAGGGGGUACAGGGUCGGCCUGCGGGGGGGCAAGGUGGAGGUCAGGAUCCCCGCCGGAGCCCCGGACGGACACAUGAAGAGCUCGGUGGUGAGGGGGCAGUACAGCCGCUCCAUGUCGGUGGAUCUCUACCUUAUGAGUCAGUGGGAGGAGCAGCGCUGGCCUCUCACACAGCACCGCUCCCUCCGCCGCCUCCAGACGCCGUUCGUCCCGCAGAGCCUGGUCCUGACCCACAAUCAGGCCUCGUCCAGAGAGCUGCUGUCGGUCAGCUUGGGCUCCUUUGCGGCCGACGUGCACCUGCUGAAGGUGACGGUGGACGGCGGCGGCGACCUCUUGACCUGGACCCGGAACCGGACCGGCUCGGACCUCACGGUGUCCAGGUUCUUCCACUCCAACGGGAGUCACUUCUACCGGCUCAGUCUGUUGCUGUCGCACCCGAAAAUAAUCCCAGAGUUUAUAGGCGGCGGCUUCCAGACGUACAGCUUCACGGUGAUCUUCACCCUGUCCAUCUGGCCCUCCGGAGAAGUGUUCUACCACCAUGCCGCCGUGGAGCACAUCGCUGAAUACGCAGACGCGGACUCCCCCCGGCUGGAGGGGAAGUGCACGGAGAGCAGCCUGGUGGUGCUGCUGCACCACAGCGCCCGGUCCGAGCUGCAGUGGGAGCUCUUCCUGGGAGAGCGCAGGCUGGACUGGGACCUGGUGGAGAUCGGGGGAUUCAAAGUGGAGGCGGAGGACGACUACUUGACCGUGAAGAUCCCCUUCAACAGUCCUGGGUUGAUAUACGAGAAGCUGUCCCUGCAGGGUCUCGUUGUUGGAGUCAGCGUAACUGUUGUGGACGCAGAGUCCCUCAAAGAGCACGACAGUCUUGUCCAUAAAUGCUCCUUUCCCGCUCGAGAGCUCCUGGUCUGCCUGCCCGAGGGGAGGAUGGUGGCCAUAGUGGACACCACCCACGCCGUCCCACCCGUCCAGCCCAACCGAACCACCCUGCUGGACCCCGACUGCGUUCCCACGGAGACGGACAGCGCCCGAGCCCUCUUCAGCUUCGGCCUGGACUCCUGCGGCACGGCCGUGACUACCGAGGGGAAUUUUCUGGUCUACGAAAACCAGAUCGGCUCCCCUCAGGACUUCCUGCCGGCGGCCGAGCCUCUGAUUCACAGAGACGCUCCGUACAGGCUGACGAUCCGGUGCCAAUACCCGGUGGACGGGACGAGCUUCUCGGUGGUCCGGCACAGUUCGUUCGGAGUCGGGUCCGAACAUUUCAGCCAUCACAGCAGAACGACCACUGUGGCUUUAAUGCUCUCGUUGUGGUCAACAGUAGGAUGUGACGUCCUAAUGGAAGGAGUUCUUCAGGUGGAGUGUCAUGACCGUUACUUCAUGAUAGCCAUUGAUCUCUCCGUCACAGGAGACAAUCCUGUUUUUGAAGCAGUCGAUGCGUAUGCCAUCACUGAAGAAUAUGCAGCAAAGUGUGGCUACAGUCUCAGCGUCCUCCCUUUUCUGGGCCUGGUGGAGCUCAGAGCCUCUUACUUCAGCUGUCACACCUACAAAAAAGAUGAAGUGUUUGUGUUCAACUUCAACCUGAUCACAAACCAGGAGGGAGAGGAGGCUGUCUAUCAACUGAACAAGACCUGUUUGCAAUCUGUCUCCUUUUCCCCAAGAGAGGUGACCUGUGAGGUCAACUACAUGGAGGUGUCUGUUAAAAGUGAACUUGCCUGCCCAACAAGGACGAGCGACACCUGGAACUCCCUCAGACCCGCACACGGCUCCCUCGCCUCCGACUGGCAGGUGGCGUUUCAAAGGCCAGACCAGCAGCUGCCACCCAUGAACCUCUCUAAUGCUCACGAGCAGGGCUACUUGUUCGACCUGAAGAACGGCCGGAUCGUAUUCCGCACCCCCUAUGGCCAGCCGGACUCGUACAGCACUGAGGUGAAUGACGUUCCAGUGGAGGUGGUCCAUGCAACCCUGUUCUCCAGGCAAAGCUGGGUCGUCCUCAUGGUGGAUCUUGUUGCACUCUGCUCGACGAAUGAGGGGUCCUACAGCAACGGCUACAUGACGUGGGAGACUCCGGAUAUGCUGUAUCCCAGCGUGAACAGCACACUGCUAAGUGUUGGCCUCAACGGGAACCUGGUGGAGCAGGCGUUCGCAGAGCAGAUGGGCCUCCUCGCGGAGAAGAGGAACACCACAGUCCAGAUCAGCAUCCCCUACAACUCUGAGGGGGGCUACAGGAAGAGCUUCGUGAGUGGGGGCAUCUUCGAGUUCUACAUCUUCAACUUGUACGUGAAGCAGACCUCCACGGACGAGGACCUUCAGGAAACGGUGCUCAGAUUUCACCGGCUUCUGGUCACCCCCCCGCUGCCCUGCCCACCUGUCACUGAGGACCGGACCGUCCUGGCAGAGGGGGUGUUCACCGUGUGCCUCGGGAAUAUUCCAAAGGAUGUGCUGCUCACCUGUGUCCACCUGAAUGGGCACAGGUUUCUAGCACCCUUCAACAGCAGCGCUUGGAGCAUCACAGAGGAGUCCCAUCCCAACAACACCCACAGCUACAUUCUGAAGGUGUCUCUCCACGACCCAAUGGUCCUCCAGGAGUACUCAAAAGAAGAUAAAGCCAUGUUGCACAAGCUGGACAUCAACUACACGCUGGCUACUGUCCCUGAAAACGACACUUACAACCACUCGGCAUCGGUUGUGGCAUCGAUGCGUGUCGUCAUUGCUGCCACCUGCUCUGAGUCUGGGAUCAGUUUCCAGCUGGACCACGGGCCUUCCGACUCCCUGUGGGACAUCAGCAUCGGCUCAGACCUGCUGACGCCGGAGCUGGCGGUCAAGCGCGGCUACUUCCUCGGCAACAGCAGCCGGAGCCUGCUGCUCGACGUGCCACUCUUCACCCCGGGAUACGAAUACAAGGACGUGACGUUGAUGGGGUUCCUGGGCACAUUUGAGAUCCUUGUGAGGGACCGGGACACAUCCGAGGUCCAGACGACCACGGUCAAAACUUGUCCCUUCGACUCAGCAGAGCUCAUCGUGUGUUCGACCGACGGCUGGAUGACCGUGGUGGCUGACCUGUCCGCGGUCCUCCAGGACGGGGAGGUGCCAGUGAGCACCCACCUCAUCAACGAACUCUGCAUAGCCAAAGAAAUGGAUGGCACCCGAGUGCUCUUCUCUUUUCCAGUGAACAGCUGUGGCUCUGUAAUCAAGCUAACAAAGGGAAAUGUGACGUACCAAAACAAGAUUUUCUACGGCCUCAGUAUGACGGAUUAUGAAAACUCUACCGUGGGGAUGACGGUGCAGUGCACGUACCCCCUGACUGUCCUCCGCCGGCUCUUCUCCCACUACACAUUUAAAUCUGACACAGAAGGUUUUGGCAGCAUUAUCCACAGCGUGCAGCCCACAGCAGUUCUGCCCAGUCCUCCUGCUGAAGUCCAGACCACAGCUGCUCCCCAAAAGAACAGAACGCCUCUGAAGUACCUGCCUUCAUUUUAUCCAACCACUCGCUACAUCAGGGUCUCGAAGAUUAACGGCAUCCCCAGAAAAGGGAUUAAAGGAAACAUGCAACCCAAGAUGACCACUGUCAAAUUUUAAAGAAGUCCGGGGGCAAAAUUUUACUGUGUUUAAACUGAAUAAAGAUUUUCUUAAACUCA